CUAUGCGUGCGCGUUUCUCAUAACCGGAAGCCCAUCCCUAAAGCUAAUAUGACGACCCUUAAAAAAAAAGAAGCGAAACAAACGUCUUGACAAUGGAAAACUUGCCAUAAAUCAUAAAAACAAUACGAUACAGGCAAUUACAUACAUAUUUAUACAGAUAUAGUCUAUAUAUAUAUAGAUACACAUUCACGCAGUUUGUGUGACAUUUGCACACAUUUAUCAUAGUGCCUCAUUAGAUAAAGUUGUGGCCCCCGCCCCGAACCCCGAGAUAUGGCAUGCAUGGCAGAGAAAAGCACACCGAACUUAAGCCCAGGCUAGGCACUGGUUUUGUCAACUUUAUCAGCUAAUGAUUACAAAGCAAAUAUGUGAGCCGUGCCUGACCCAUGAUGACUGGUCGCCGGGGCCCAUCAAUUUAUUUUCGGCGACUUCAGUUCAAUUCAGUUCGAACGGACACUUUGAGUGAAACGAGACUAGUGCCAAACUAUUUUUGUAUUCGAAAUCAAGUCCGAUACGAAUGGCGACCGCAACAACAACAGCAGCAGCAGCAGCUGCAGCAGCAUUUAAUGCAACAACAAGCACCGUGUCGAGCAUUGUGAGCAGCUCGUAUUCGGGUAGCACCACCAGCACCACUGCAGCGUAUCCGGAAUAUGGCGACGCACCGUAUGUGCCCGUUUACACACCGUCGCCGAGCUAUGUGUACUUCUAUUCGGGCUAUGCCUUCUAUAUAGUGCUCCUAUUUCUGUUUGUCAUCCUGAUGCCAUUUGCAAUCAUAAUGAGUUCCAUGCAGCGCAAGCGUCAGGAGAACUCACGCAGGCUGGCCCUGCAGAGAGAACGAGCACGCCGCGAGAUGGAAAUAAGCGUCGCCAACAACAGCACAAGCCUGGACAACAACAGCGUUUGCAUUCAAGCUGAUAACGACAUGACCAUCUUGCCCAAAGGCAUGGAUCUGCCGCCCAGUUACGAUGACCUUAACAUCAGCCAUAAUGGGAAGCAGCAGCCGGGCAACAUGGGCGCCUCCACGCUGACCAUCGCUACCGAUUUGGGCUGCAGCAAUUCGAAUCUGGCAGCAGCUUUGAAUGAGCCGCCUCCGGAUUAUCAGGGCACCGUGGACAUGGCAGCAGCAGGAGCACCCACAGCCACAAUAUCCACAAUAUCCACAACAACGGUCGUUUCAGUUACGCCGAGAAUCUAAUUAAUAUGUUUAAUGCAUUUCAAGUGUAUAAGUACUAUCUUAUAUUUAAUUUGAUACAAAUUAUAAUACACUAAAUUU